GGCAACCCCACGCGGUUGGUGCUGCAGGCACUUACUGCCCAGCUCCGACUGCUGCCGGAAGUGACGCUAGUUCACCUGCCGAGAGGGGGCGGGGGAAGGCGGGGGUGCAGAGGUGCCGCCGCCGCCUGCCAGUCGGGAGCGCGCGAGGCGCUGAGAGACCCAGAACCAGAGCUAGAGCCGCCUACCUGCAGCCGCCGCCCACGGCCGGGCAGCCACCAUGGCGCUUCUGCUGCGCUUCGUGCUCCUGUGCGGAGUCGCGGAUUUCACCAGAAGUCUGAGUAUCACCACUCCUGAACAGACGAUUGAAAAAGCCAAAGGGGAAACUGCAUAUUUGCCAUGCAAAUUUACCCUUAGUCCAGAAGACCAGGGACCACUGGAUAUUGAAUGGCUGCUCUCCCCAUCCGAUAAUCAGAAGGUGGAUCAAGUGAUUAUUUUAUAUUCUGGAGACAAAAUAUAUGAUAACUACUAUCAAGAUCUGAAAGGACGAGUACAUUUUACAAGUAGUGAUCUCAAAUCUGGUGAUGCAUCAAUAAAUGUAACAAACUUACAGUUGUCAGAUAUCGGCACAUACCAGUGCAAAGUGAAAAAAGCUCCUGGGGUUGCAAAUAAGAAAUUUCUGCUGACAGUUCUUGUUAAGCCUUCAGGUACAAGAUGUUUCAUUGAUGGAUCAGAAGAAAUUGGAAAUGACUUUAAAUUAAAAUGUGAACCAAAAGAAGGUUCACUUCCAUUGCGAUAUGAAUGGCAAAAAUUAUCUGACUCCCAGAGAAUGCCCACUUCGUGGUUAGCAGAAAUGACUUCACCUGUUAUAUCUGUAAAAAAUGCCACUUCUGAGUACUCUGGGACAUACAGCUGUACAGUCAAAAACAGAGUGGGCUCUGAUCAGUGCCUGCUUCGCCUAGAUGUUGUCCCUCCUUCAAAUAGAGCUGGAACAAUUGCAGGAGCUAUCAUAGGAAUUUUGCUUGCGCUCGUGCUCAUUAGUCUCAUCGUCUUUUGCUGUCGUAAAAAGCGCAGAGAAGAAAAAUAUGAAAAGGAAGUUCACCAUGAUAUCAGGGAAGAUGUGCCUCCUCCAAAAAGCCGAACAUCUACUGCCAGAAGCUACAUUGGCAGCAAUCAUUCAUCCCUGGGAUCCAUGUCUCCUUCCAACAUGGAAGGAUAUUCCAAGACUCAGUAUAAUCAAGUACCAAGCGAAGACUUUGAACGUACUCCUCAGAGUCCGACUCUUCCACCUGCUAAGGUAGCUGCCCCUAAUCUAAGUCGAAUGGGAGCGGUUCCUGUGAUGAUUCCAGCACAGAGCAAGGACGGGUCUAUAGUAUAGAGCCUCUUACCUCUCUUCUUUGUUCUCAGUGUUUCUUUUCUUCUCUUGAUAUAUUAAAACCUAUUCUAGUCUAAAUUUUGUUACCAGCCUCAAAAAAAAAAAAAAAGUUAACCAGAAACUGUAAGAAAUAUGCUUCACAAAGUUUUGUUUGUUUAUAUUGAAACAAUAAAGUUAAUAUAGUUAGUAAAGACAAAUUCAUCAUCUG